AUGUUCUCCGAUAAUUCACACUGCCCUGAUUGUGGGCAGCAAUGGCUUCCUAGUUUAGAAGUAGGCCAUUGGUUACACCAAACUGAACUUGUUGAAAAUGAGUGUUACCAAGUGUUCUUAGACCGCAUUAACAGGGCCAAUUACUGCCCUGAAUGUUACACUAACAAUCCUGCUAACAGAAGCCUUGUUCUUCCUUGGUCUUUUCCACUUGAGUGGGCACCCCAAAAUCUCACUAGGUGGACCUUUGAAAAGGCUUGCUAUUCAUUUCUUCUGGGUCCUUCACUGGUUACAAAAAGGAUACAUGACUCCAGACCAGCUGGUUUUAAUCCUGUACUGCAAUUAAUCUUGACUAGAACAGUCAAAACCUUAAACAAAAAACUUCGCCAAAGCAAGUAA